GAAAAAACUUAUCCAGACGGGUUUCCUCGGUUCAUAUGACAGCGAGGGGUUGUUGUCAACAAGAAAGGUGAAAUGCAAAACAACCAAAUGCUAUGAACGGGAGAAAUCGACUAUAUAUAUCAUCAACAAAACAAUCAUUAUUUGGAUUUAGCUUUCAACUAUAUAUGUUUAGUUAUGGAGAGUAACGUUGUACAUUUGAACCGCAGAUGAAUGUAUAUUUUGUCCAAAGUGCUUUUGGAUCUGUUGUUAGCUAGUAAGCUAACUCCAGCUAACUAGCUAGCCGGCGAUGUAUUUGUGAUUUGGCUGGCUGGCUAGCUAGCUAGUUAGCAGAUUUUUUUUCUUCCCAAAGUUGUUUUAUGGAGAUAGCUAGCCUGUGCGUUACACAAAUAGUAGUUAGUUUGUCAUUGUCGUGAUUGUAGGUUAGCUAACAAGCUAACUAACCAGUGGCGUCUACAUUGUUAGCUAGCUAGCUAGCCUCGACGUUACCAGGAUGAGUAACGUUAGCAGUCAAAAACGCCAGCAUUUUAAAGGAGCCGAAGUGAGUUGCAGUGUCAAAUACUUCUUGUUUGGAUUUAACAUCAUAUUUUGGUUACUGGGAGCAGCCUUCCUGGGCAUAGGACUAUGGGCAUGGGCCGAGAAGGGGGUGCUGUCCAACAUGGCCUCCAUAACAGACCUGGGAGGCUUCGACCCUGUGUGGUUGUUCAUCGUAGUGGGAGGAGUCAUGUUCAUCCUGGGAUUCGCUGGUUGCAUCGGAGCGCUACGGGAAAACACCUUGCUGCUCAAAUUUUUCUCAGUGUUCCUGGGUCUGAUCUUCUUCUUGGAGCUGACAGCAGGCAUCCUGGCCUUUGUGUUUAAAGACUGGAUCAAAGACCAGCUCAACUUCUUCAUCAACAACAAUGUCAAGGCUUACCGCGACGACAUCGACCUGCAGAACCUCAUAGACUUCACACAGGAAUAUUGGUCGUGCUGUGGAGCCCACGGUCCUAAUGACUGGAACCUGAAUAUCUACUUCAACUGCACUGAGUUUAACCCCAGUAGAGAGCGUUGUGGCGUCCCCUUCUCCUGCUGCGUCAAAGACCCUGCCGAAGACGUCCUUAACACACAGUGUGGCUACGACGUGAGACUUCAAGGGGAGUUGGACCAGCAGAAGUACAUCUACACCAAGGGUUGUGUGGGCCAGUUUGAGAGGUGGCUUCAGGACAACCUGAUCAUUGUAGCUGGGAUCUUUGUGGGCAUUGCACUUUUACAGAUAUUUGGGAUCUGCCUGGCUCAGAACCUGGUGAGUGACGUCAAGGCCGUGAAGGCCAACUGGUGAUGCCAGGACCCUGGGGGGAGGGAGUACUCUGACCUUUGACCCCCAACAUCCAGCUCACCUCCCACUGAACCGCUGAGAGGUGAAAACACAAAGAGCUGUAUACCUCUGGACCUGCCAAGCUGAGAGGUGAAAACACAAAGAGCUGUUUACCUCUGGACCUGCCAGGCUGAGAGGUGAAAACACAAAGAGCUGUAUACUUCUGGACCUGCCAGGCUGAGAGGUGAAAACACAAAGAGCUGUUUACCUCUGGACCUGCCAGGCUGAGAGGUGAAAACACAAAGAGCUGUUUACUUCUGGACCUGCCAGGCUGAGAGGUGAAAACACAAAGAGCUGUUUACUUCUGGUCCUGCUGGGCUCGGUAGCUACAACACAAAACAUAAGUUACUGUCCCAAACUCACACACACUCACAUACUGUUUAUUAUCACGCUGGCCUGGGGACUUACACACACACAGAAGUACACAUACACAUGGACACACAGGGGACUCCUGUGGAUGUCUAGCUCAACUGAUCUGACUUGAGAAACUGGACUCUUUGUUAUUUACACUUUAAUUCCACUGGGUGUGUUUACCUGCUCCAGGAAGAUGCACCCAUUGGCUGGGGAGACGAAUAGAAAGACUAAUAAACAGAUAGAGGACCUGGGUGAAAGCUGAGAAGAGGAUGAAAGGAGAGAUACAACUCUUCUUUUUAUUCGGUCACAUAUAGUCUAUUUCACCUGGUGUCACCUCCACCCUACUACCACUAAGAUUUCAAAACAGCCCUUCAGAAAGGCCUUCCAGGGCUGCUUGUUAGAUACCUACUAUCCCACUUGUACAGCCUUUUUGUUUUCUGUACAAUAUAGAGUGGGCUGCUGACUGACCUACUGGCUGGCUGACAGGAUGGCAUUUAUUCCGUUAUACUAUGACCACUGAAAGACAUUAAGCUCUCUUCAUGUUAGGGUAAAAUUCAGAAAAUUCACAAGAGGGCAAGUCUGGAGUUAGCAAGGCCUUGCUACGGAUGCAUGUCUUUAACCAGCUGUUUUUGAACAGCAUGUUUUAACAUUAAAUAUAUAAUUAUUUUCUUCUGUCCGUCGAUGUUUUGAGUUUAAUCAAACAGACAGACAUAUGGAGAGAGGAUUUUUCUCUCCCAGCAUCCCUGAAGCACAGGGGAUAGUAGGCUCGGGGCCUUUUACUUGAUCUAACCUUUAACCUUAUACUAACGUUAAAUCUACGUUGUACUGACGUCGAGUCUACGUUGUACUGACGUCGAGUCUACGUUGUACUGACGUCGAGUCUACGUUGUGCUGACGUCGAGUCUACGUUGUGCUGACGUCGAGUCUACGUUGUACUGACGUCGGUCUGAUACGUUUAUCCUGUCUCUUCUGGUCUCCACUACCUUUGGAAGCUUGAAUUACAUGACACCCUAGUUGUUAUUCUGAUCUGUCUGACCUGUUUUAUGGAUUUUUACUUUUCUCCUUUCUUCGUUUUUUCUCCUAGUGUUUGUCUGUCUGUUUUAGUUGGACUGGUUUUUAACUUGUUUGUAUUGACUAACAAAUACUUGUUUAAUAUCUUCAUAUAUAAAUAGUAACACAUUUUCUCAAUAUAACAUGAAUGCUGCUUUAUCAUUGUAACUUCUUAGAGGAUUGAUAUUAGUAAGUAGACUUUCCGGUACAUUUCCCAUGUUUCCCAGAAAUCCUGGUUGUAUGAUUCUGUAUUUCCUGUUUAUUCCUUCCUGAUUUCUGGGAACUCUUUCACAACCAGGAUUUCUGGAAAUCUGGGAAUUUGUGGAAAAGUUAACAAAAAUGUUUCAACUCUAUUAGUAUGUUAUUUGUAACCAGGUCUAAAGCUUACAUGGUGAAAUGAAAAUGAAUGCCAUAUUAUUAUUCUGAUCUUUAUUAUAACAGAUAAAGUGGUGGUCGUGCCAUAUUAGUGUUUUUCUACUUGCGUAUUACCUUGUCAAUACAGAGUUUACACUUUCAGCAUACCAGUACAUUUUAAGCACAUUAUCAGAUUUGUAGCAGUAUAUGGUUUGAAUUUAAUUGAAUUUAAUUGUAUUUAUUGGGAUUUGGGAUUUACAUUUUUUGUCUGGCAUGAAGACAUUCCCUGCAGCUUUCGUCUGACCGCCCCCAAAAAAUGUCAGCUCUUGUACACAGUUAUUUCUCCAAUCGUUAACAUCCCUUAGAUAUAUACCUUACCACUGUCUCGCUCUUCCUGUGUAACUCCUCUUGGGGAAAUCCUUCCUGGUUGGGCUGCUGUUGUAAUAACAGGCUUGAUUCUAGCUGUAUUAUCAUUUACUUCCCUGCUUGUCAGAGAACUCAAUGUCCCACUCUUUAAUGCUGUAGUUCAGCAGUAUGGGCUCUGGGUGUUUGUAACGACCGCUUUACUGUCGUUCGUCAAGUAGCCUUGAACGAUGGUUUGCCUGAAUAUGAGAGAUACCAGUUAGUGUGUCAGGCCAGGUUUUUAUGCAAAAAAAAAAGAAAGAUUAUUCUGACGUUAGAACAGGAUAUUUGUUUUAAAGGUCCAGUUCUGCUGUUUUUAUCUCUUGUCAAAUAAGUUCUGGGUAUCAAAUAAAUACCUUACUGUGAUUUGUUUUUUAUUAAAAUUGUAAAAAAAAAAAAAAGAUGUGUGUGUGUAUAUAUAUAUAUAUAUAGUCAAAAAUAGUGGACUAUAUAGGGAUUAGGGUGCUAUUUCGGACACAUUUCUCUCCCUAAGAUAGAUGACAUCAUUCCAGAGGGGGGAAAGAGCCUCCUGCAUAUCAUGAAUGUAUACGUAUGGAUGAAUCUCAAUUGUAUUUCCUUCCAUACUCUCUCCUUGCCUCCUUCUCCAGUCAAAACACAUUGAAGGAGGAGUUCCAAGGGGAAGAUUGAGAUUCACCCUGUCUGUUACUGUUUGUUACUAAGACCUGUUCCAAUGCAUUUCACCCUACCAUGUCAUCACUACCUUUUAGCAGUGCAAUGAAAACACAUCUGAUGUGAAAAUAAGAAAUGUGAUUUUUUUUUUAACUAAGAUCUAGUUUUAGCAUUAUUUCAUAUUUUGUACAUGAAAUCAAAUAGUUACAUUCCAUUUUCAGGUAUUUGGUUUACUUCCUGUUUUACUUCCUGUGUACUUCCUGUGUAUGUGCAUUGUCAUCUCAGAAAAAAAGGAAUCUGCAAAAUAUAUAUAUAUAUUUUUUAACAUUGACACAUCGCUUCAUAAACGAUUUGCUAGAUUUCAAAGCACAUCUGUACUGUAGGUCUACCCAAGUUCCUGCUGUCAGCUACAAUCUUCUUCUCAUUGAUAAUACUGAUCUAUUAUAGAGACACAACAUUGUCUCCGUGUUGUAGGUUCACAUCAUACAUGUGCAUUUAUCAAUGAUUUCUAAUACAUACUGGUGUCUGGUGUUUCACAGAACAUGACUGAAGUAUUUCUCUGUUUUUAUCAAAUGAAAAGUAUGUCUGUGGUUACUUACUGUUGUCAUUAACUAACCUGUUUGGUGGGGGUUUAAAAAAAAAAAGAAGAAGUUUUAUUUGUAUUUUUAUCUCAAAGCCUUUAAGAUAUUUUCUUUAUGUUCCCCACAUUGCUUGUACAUUUCCAGAGUCUACCUCAUUUUCUUUAGAGAGGUGUUCUUUUAAAAAAAGCUAGUGGUUUGGAUUUGUACCGUCGCCUGUCAGAAAGACGCUGAGAGGUGUAAGGAAUCUCAACUGUUUGUUAAAACCUAUAAGAGCGUCAUGACAGAAAGACGACAGUAAGGUCCAUAAGUUACAACAUGCAGGUGUUUUUCUAGGGUUAUUUCUACUUUCUGAGGACGAGCUACAUGACAGAAUAGUGAUUUAAGGUUCAUUGGUCAAAAUGUUUUGACAUGGUUUGUUCCUGGUCUUGAAAUGGUCUUGUGUAAUAUCUACCACCGCAGUGACAGUACCAUGCCUGUCAUAGCCAUUCCCCUUUUAAGAUGAUUCCAAAUUAUAUUUGUCUUCUUUAUUAUUAUUUUAGAAAAUGUAACAUUCUUAUUGUAGCAUUUGUGUUUUGUUUUUUUUUGAGAGAGAGAAAUUUUGAAAAAUGUUAUUUCUCUCAAUUUCUUGAAUUCCAUUUUGUUAUUAAUACAGCUGGAAUGUAAAAAAAAAAUAACAUAAAUAAAAAAUGAUAUUAGCCCUUACAUACCUCUAAAAGUGAUUCAUUUUAUUUUAAAUGUUUUGAUUGUCAUUACGUUAACGUCUUAAAGGAUAGUAUUGCAAAGAAAUGCUGAUAACGAGUUAGAUGCCUUUUUUGAUUGGGGGACAUGGUCUGUUACACACUGUACAUUGUGUUAGAAAUAUACUUAUUUUUCAGACUAAAUAAAAAGGAUUUAUGAAAAUCA